AUGCCUAGGCUGACAUUGGGCCAACAGGACGAUGAUGACCUCAAGGGCAGCAAUGACCAGAACGGUGAUGACGAAGCCAGCAAGCCAUUUCAUCUGGCUGGAGUGUUUGAUUCGAGUCAUGAGCAGGCAGACCGAGAUCUUGACCGAAGCCAUAGCGGCAAAGAGAACAAGCUGGGCGUACCAGCUGUACAUGUUGAUGAAUUCCUUGUCGCCCUUGGAAAGUGA